AUGUCCGUCCUCACAAUGCCCGGCCAUUUCUUGAUCUUCGUCCUCAUUUUCUUGUUCGCAGCUACCGGCAACGCCUCCCGUCACAACCCUCUUUUGCGCCUGGUCUACCAAUUUCCGAAUGCAACUUGGGUUGAAAAUAUUGCCGUUCGACCGAACGGCAAUUUGCUCGUGACUCUGGUGAACACACCUGAGCUCUGGGAGAUCAAACCUUCCCGGUCACUUGAAGAUCCUGAGCCUCAGGCACGGAUGAUCCACCACUUCAGUGAUGCUGAGAUGGCGACUGGGAUUACCGAGCUCACACCUGACGUUUACGCUGUCAUAGCCUCCAACCACGUUUGGAAAGUUCAACUGGAUAAUACAGACGGGGAGGCUAUGGUAACACCGAUAAACACCAUUCCAAUUGGAAGCUUGAACGGUAUCGCAGUCCUGAACCGAGCGGCGGGGUUGGUCGCGAUCGCCGACUCCCAACUUGGGCUUGUGUGGCGUCUUGACACCAAUUCGGGCAAUUACUCCGCCAUAUUGAAGGAUGAGACCAUGGCGCCGAAUACCGAUAUUGGGCCAUUGCUAGGAGUCAAUGGGGUGAAGGUGCUGGGUGAUUAUGUUUACUAUGUUAAUACACCCCGUCGGCUUUACGGCCGUGUUCGUGUCAAUACGAUUACUGGUCAGGCCGUUGGCCCAUAUGAAGUGAUCAGUAAAGGAGUUCCCGCAGAUGACUUUGCGAUUACUCCACGCGGUGUGGCAUAUCUUGCUGGUCUUACGGACAAUGUUGUCGUCAGGGCUUUUCUCAAUGGCACACAGGAAGUCGUUGCCGGGAGCCUGAAUUCAUCUGCGGUCAAGACGGCUACCUCGGCGGCGCUGGGGCGAAACCAACAUGCAAAUAUUCUUUACAUCACGACCGGGGGGGAGACAGGAGAUGUGACCACUUAUAGUGGAAAGGGAAAAGUCAUGGCACUUACUCUCGAUGCAUGA